UGGGAUAUCUUCGAACUUAUCAUCAUGUGCACCGUGACAAUCAUACUUCCCAUGUGCACACACUUCACCUAGUACCGUAUCGUUUCUACUCCCAGCUAUGCCGUUUGGUACCAUCACUCUCAACGAUGGAAAUGAGUUCCCCACAAUAGCCUUCGGCACGGGGUCCACCAUGAAAUACAAGGAUGUCACAGACUACGUGGGCCAGGCCAUCGAGAAUGGAUUUUCUCAUAUCGACACCGCACAGUUCUAUCAGACAGAAACCUACGUAGGCCUGGCUAUCAAGGAGAGCGGUCUUCCUCGCUCGAGCCUGUAUAUCACCACUAAAUACAGCGGUUCUGGGAAACCACAGCAAGCUAUCCAACAAAGUUUGAACAAGCUUGGUCUUUCUUAUGUUGAUGUGUAUCUGGUGCACUUCCCGGAACUCAUUUCUGAGUCUGUGUGGCAAGAGUUUGAGAAGAUGAAGAAAGACGGAUUAACAAGGAGCAUUGGCGUCAGCAACUUUACCUUAGAGGACCUCCAGAAACUUCUCAAGACUGCGGUCACGAAACCUGCUGUUAACCAAAUCCAAUUUCACCCAUACAACUAUGCGUCACAGAAAGCUUUGCUUGAAUUCUGCUCAAAACAGAAUAUUAUAGUGGGAGCAUAUGGAAGUUUGAACUCUAUUACACAGAAUCCUGGAGGACCAGUGGAUGCAGUUGUUAACGCCGCUGCUAAACGCAUAGGCGCAACUCCGAAUCAGGUGAUUUUUGCCUGGGUCAGAAGUAAAGGUGUAACAAUUGUCACGACGAGCCGGAGCAAGGAACGCCUUGAAGAGUACCUCGCCGUGGAAGAUCUUCCCCCACUCACCGCUGAAGAAAUCGCUGCCAUUGAUGACGCCGGUGCUCAAGGCCCUCCCUCCCAGCUAGGUUUUGCGAGACUGGCAAUGCAACAUAAAUUUGAAAGGUCUUCAUCGUUGGUCAUGUGGCUAGCUAUUGCAAUUAUGUUUGGAUUUGCAACGUUUUUCAUGUUCUGAACUUGGUACGGGCACUUGGAGUUCUUUAUGUGCAAAUGUAAUAUGCCUGCACUUUCAAGUUGUUUGUCUUUUCACCACACCUGUAGAACGGUAAUCAAUUAAUUACUCGUACCUUGAAGUGAUGCAAUUGAACCGAAAUUUUCGGACGAGUACUAAAC